ACGCAGUCCCCUUAUUUGAAACCUCUUUCAUCAACAUUCACGACUACGAGCAAAGAUGGCAGACUUUAUUCAGGCACUUGACCCAGGGAAACUACUACUCGCAGAGACAGCGCUGGCCUUCAUAAUCAGUCCUUUUACUGUCCCAGCAUACAACUUGCCCAUCUUCCUCUUCGGUUCGUAUGUACAGGAGAGCAGCGACGCGGCACAGUCGCUGACUUUGUUUGCGGGCUUGUUGUCGUUUUCGAUAUUCUAUGACGUACUGUGGAUGAUCAAGAAUGACCAAGGUGGCUUCCUUAGGUUCCUUACUGUCGUCCUUUUACUGUUGAAGAUACCAACCACUGGUGCUUUUUUGGUUGCCAUGCGUCAACGCGGGGGACAGUUCCCGGGCCUCGGAACUGAUAUCCAUGGUCCUACGGUUUGGUCCAUGCCUGGGGGUUUCACCUCCGGUGGCCGGGAUGGCUACCAGACGGUGGAUGACGACACCCCACGUGCUCCGUCAAAAGUUAGCUCUGUUCCAGCACCACAGCCUGCCAACCAGUCCGGCGCAUACCAGUCUGUUUGAAGAUCAGUUGGAAACUUGGUGCUGAGGUGGUUUGGCGCUAUGAAUUAUAUGUUGUAUGAUGUUUGAAAAUAGACAUCUGAUUUGGAAUGUUU